GUGCCCGCAUCCUUCGUCAACGGCUUUCUUCACGACCAACAUCCACGUCUCACAGCUCACUACGAUGGGAGAGUCGCGGACUGAGCUUAUUGCCUGGAUUAAUGAACUCCUCCAACUCAACUAUACAAAAGUGGAACAGUGCGGCACAGGGGGUGCAUAUUGCCAAAUUAUAGACUCCAUCUAUGGCGACGUACCCAUGAACCGCGUGAAGAUGAACGCGAAACACGAAUACGAGUUCAUCGCGAAUUUCAAGGUCUUACAAAACAUUUUCAAAGCUAAGAAAAUCGAGAAGCCAAUACCGGUGGAAAAGCUCGUAAAAUGUAAAAUGCAAGACAACCUCGAGUUCUUGCAAUGGAUCAAGAAAUUCUGGGACGCAAAUUUCGGAGGUCAAGGGUACGACCCUGUUGCACGACGGCGCGGUGCACCUACCGAUACUCCAGCAACGAUCGCACCAAUCGGCGGAGGUACACGCAGUGUAUCAGGUGCAGGGUUACACACUGGCGGAGCACGAGCCGGUGGUCGUACACCUGUGGGAGGUCCACGAGCCGGGAGUGCACAAUCAAACGAAGCCGUUCAUGCACUUCGCAAUCAAGUGCAGGAAAUGAGCCAGCACCUUGAAGGUCUCGAGAAGGAACGUGAUUUCUACUUCGCGAAGCUUCGAGACAUCGAAAUUCUAGUGCAACAACAAAUGGAGGAAAACGAAAAGACAGGGACGGAGGAUCUAACAUUAACUGAAAUACAGAAGAUACUGUACUCUACAGAGGAAGGGUUCGAAGUUCCUGAGGGUGCGCCGGCGGUGGAUGAGGAGGAAACGUUCUGAAUAGCUCUGCUAAGUUAUCCUUGCCGUCGCUUCACACUUGUUGCUCUCCGUCACCUUCUGCCACUCAAUCAUUUCACUACUCCUUCCCGUCCUUACAAACACAUCGAGCUCUUUCAAGAAUAUCCUACCUCCUCCACACGAGCUAUACAAAGUGUCGCGUUAUUCGCGAUUAAUCCAGUUUGUCCAUCUCUUUCUCAAUUACCUUGAAUUGUUGAGAUUUCGGUUUGUUGAAAAUGUAGAGGUAAAAUGUACAUUGACACUUGUACACUGGACAGACUCUAAA